AUGGAAACGAGUGAACAGACUCAUCACCACAUCCAGAUUAAAGACUCGUUCCUUGUGGGACGAGCUCUUCUCAACUUCACCUCCAUCUUUGUGUCCUUGGGGGUAUUUUUAUUUGGAUUCGAACAAGGACUCAUGUCUUCGCUUUUGACCAAUAAGUAUUUCCAAGACUAUUUCCACCAUCCCAAGCCCGCCGAGAUUGGAACCAUGAUCGCCAUCCUCGAGAUUGGGGCUUUGAUCUCGUCGUUUGUGGCCGGGAAGGUGGGCGACAAGAUUGGCCGUAGAAAGACCAUUCGGUAUGGGGCCCUCAUCUUUGUCAUUGGAGGAACCAUACAAGCUGGAUCAGUAUCGAUCUGGAACCUAUCGCUAGGACGGUUGAUUGGUGGUAUUGCCAUUGGGUUUUUGACCACCAUCAUUCCUUGUUACCAGCUGGAAAUUUCACCUCCUGACGAUAGAGGAUUCUAUGCGUGCUUAGAAUUCACCGGGAAUAUUAUUGGGUAUGCUACAAGUAUCUGGGUGGAUUAUGGUUUCAGUUACUUGGAUAAUGAUUGGUCCUGGAGAUCUCCUUUAGUGGUGCAGUGUGUGGUGGGACUUUUGUUAUUUUUGGGGACGUUUGUGAUUGUGGAAACUCCAAGAUGGUUGCUCGACAAAAACCAUGAUUUGGAAGGGUUGAUUGUGAUUGCAGACUUAUACGCCGAUGGAGAUGUGGAGGAUAUAAGAGCCAAAGACGAGUACAGAAACAUCAAGGAAAAUAUAUUAAUUGCCCGAGUUGAAGGUGGUGAACGGUCUUAUCGGUAUAUGUUGAACCGAUAUGCCAAACGAUUGUCAGUAGCCUGUUUUUCCCAGAUGUUUGCCCAGAUGAACGGUAUCAACAUCGUCAGUUACUAUGCUCCUAUGAUCUUUGAGUCUGCCGGUUGGGUGGGCCGUCUGGCAAUAUUGAUGACGGGUGUAAAUGCCGUUAUCUAUGUGCUUUCUACAAUUCCUCCUUGGUGGUUAGUAGAUGGUUGGGGUAGAAAACCGUUGCUCAUGACGGGUUCGGUAGUGAUGUUUGUUCCGUUAUUGGUCAUCUCUCUCUCAUUGUUGGUGGAUAAUGAGUAUACUCCCACGACUGUGGUGGUGUGUGUUUUCACCUACAACGCUGCAUUUGGUGCAAGUUGGGGACCAAUUCCUUGGAUGAUGAAUGAAGUGUUACCUAAUUCAGUUAGAUCCAAGGGAGCAGCCCUUCUGACUGCUACAAACUGGUUCUUCAAUUUUGUUGUUGGAGAAAUGACCCCUAUAUUAUUGGACUUGAUAACUUGGAAAACUUAUUUGAUUCCUGCUGGCUCAUGUGUUUUAUCGUUCUUCUGUGUAUUCUUUCUUUUCCCAGAAACAAAGGGCUUGACCCUAGAGGAUAUGGGAUCAGUGUUUGAUGAUUCUUCGUCAAUUUUCUCCUUCCACUCAUCUGGAAAUGCUGGUGGAUAUGGGGCUGUUGAUGAAUCUCGGAGAGCUAGUGUUUCAGUAGAUAACCAGAUGUCUGAAUCUUUCCGCCACAACGCUGCUGCCAUUGCUAGAAACCCUGCUUUAAUGAAACCUGAUUUCGAUGGUAUCAUCACUGGCACCCCUCCCCCACCUCAAAUUCCUUAUCAAAAUGCCUCCACCGCCAGUUUGAAGCCAGUGAAGUCUGAUAUGUCUUCUGCCACCUCUUUGGACGGUAUUGCUCCUUUAGACUCAAACUUUUCUCCUCAGGAAAUUGAACCUCCAACUUUUUACGAGGUUUAUCAAUAUAAGGUGAACGAAUUGAGGAAACCGGGCGUGAUCUCACAAUUGUUGAGCUUUGUAUUUAGUGAAAAGAACUCAUCUGAUGACGAGAGUCGCCUUUUGAGCCGAUAA